AUGGUCUUCAAGGUCCUUCUCUUCGCCUACCGCAAGCCGGGCUUGAGCCCGACAGAAUUCCGCCACCACCUCGAGGGCACACACAUGGGUCUGCUGAAGCGGCUCUUCGGCGCGGCCUUUCCCAUCUCUCACGUCCGUCGCUACAUCCACCGCAGCGAGACAGAUCAAUCGGGCGACGCGCAGCAUCAUCAUCCUGCCACGGUGCUGGCCGGCGACCAGUUCGACUUUGAGUACGAUGUCAUAUCGGAGCUGACGUUUGAGAAUGAGGACGCCUUUAAAGAGUUCUUUGCCAAGUAUCAGUCGGAGGAGAUUGCGGCUGCGAUUAGGGAGGAUGAGGAGCGCUUUCUGGAUUCGGGGAAGUUGAGGGCGGUGGUGCUUGGUGAGGUGCAUGAGACAUUGAGGUGA